AUGUUCCAAGUACUUUACAACUCAGAAGUAAUUGAACAGAAAUUAUCUUUGUUUUUAGGGCAGGUUACAAGACACUUAACUGAAAGUUUAUCAGAAAAUUUAUUGGAGACAUUUCAUUGUACAUGUACCAUCAUGUUCUUCAAACAGCAGGAUGAUGCCUAUAGCAUCAGAGUUAUCAAGUUUUACUGUGGGUCAACUUGUCUUUAUUUUCCUCUCUUAACAAUAAUAAUUUUAUGUACCGAUCUCAUGUAUGCCACUGGCAGCUUCACUUUCUUACCAAUCUUGGGAUUGAUUGGGUUGUGUGAAUGUUUAAAAUGUAUUUUCUUGAACACUUACUACAAGGAAACUGAAAAGCAUUUUGUACGAAAUGCACAAAAAUCCAAUUUAAGUCCUGUUAAAAAAUGGAUCUCAGAAAAAAAACUGAAGGAUAUCGGAAAGAGUUUAGUGCUAUUAGCGUUAAUAACAGUUGCAUAUUUCAUUAUAGCCAUUUUAUUUGGAGCGGAAUUUUUACACAAGAAUGAGGAAACCUUUAUGUUGAGCCUAAUGCUGAUGAUAUUGACUGCCCUACCCCCAUGCCUUCAUUUGGGACCAAAUUAUGCCCUAGCAGCAGUUCUGGGAGAUGAAAAAGCUUCGUUGUACCCUCUGAGCUCAGUCCUUCAGCAUGUUGUUCGGGUUACCCUUUUGGGGGCUUGGUUAGGGGCUUUUGUAAUCCCUCUAGACUGGGACAGGCCUUGGCAAGAAUGGCCUGUGCCUUGUUGUGUAGGGGCUCUUAUGGGAUAUGUUGCUGCCCAUGCCACUGCAAUGAUACAGGUUGCAAUUCCACGCUGCAUAACUAGUAGGAUAACCACUAAGUUACAGUAACUACAGUGCGUAGCCGGAUCUUUUGCUGCAUUGCUCCCCUUGCUCUUCUCUCUGUUCAUUACAUAGUUUUGUAUUUUAGGAUUCUAGUCAGUAGCUAAAGACAAUAAAAAUUACCAUAAAAUUUG